CCGCAGAACAUGCAAGGAAUGCGAGACAGAUUCAAAGUCUAGAUUUGAGCAACUGAGCUUUUCUGAACAUUAGAAGAUGGGACAAGUAUGAGUUGUUGAUCGUCUUUUCAGGCCGGAAGACGUUCAUUGCUAUGAGUCGAAAUUUGGAAAAGUGACCCUGGUGACCGAGGUGGGUGGCUGCACCGGUGCAGCCGGUAAUUUAUCGUACCUUAUUGCUUGAAGAAGAACUCGCUGCUAAAGUUCUCAAGUAGUUCAAGAAGCUGAGGGUGCGAUGUCCGGCUGCCGAGUGCUCCCCCGGCUGCCGCUUCGGCGCGCCUUUUCCCACACGGCCAAACACAGCAAGCCAUGGCUGCCGACUGGAGCAUACCAGAGCCUCUCGAGUCCCCGCGGGCGAGCUCUUGAGACUUACACACGCCCCUCAGCCUCCGUCCGCUCCCUCGUUGCCUACCACGCAACCACCAAGCUUCAGCUUCUCUCAACAGCCACCGACCCCAACACCUCCACCUCCGCCUUGCCGGCCCCUGCUCCCUACACCCCUCCGCAGACCGGCCUGCUCUCCCGCCUCCCGCGCUCGUGGGUGCCCUACGCCGAGCUGAUCCGCCUCGACAAGCCGGCGGGCUCCUACUACCUCUUCUUCCCGUGCGUCUUCUCGACGCUGCUGGCCGCGCCGCUCGCGAGCCCCGUGGCGGCGCCGGCGGCCGUGCUCGGCACGUCCCUCCUCUUCCUGGCGGGCGCCGUCGUCAUGCGCGGCGCCGGCUGCACCAUCAACGACCUGUGGGACCGCAACCUGGACCCGCACGUGGCGCGCACGCGGCUGCGGCCGAUCGCGCGGGGCGCCGUGACCCCCCGGAACGGCGUCGUCUUCGCCGGCGCCCAGCUGCUCGUCGGCCUGGCCGUGCUGCUGCAGUUCCCGCCCGCCUGCUUCUUCUACGCGACGCCGAGCCUGCUGCUCGUCGCGAUCUACCCGCUGGCGAAGCGCGUGACCUACUACCCGCAGUUCGUGCUGGGGCUGACCUUCUCGUGGGGCGCCAUCAUGGGCUUCCCCGCGCUCGGCGUGGAUCUGCUGGCCAACGGAGCGGCGCUGGCGGCGGCCGGGCUGCUGUACUCGUCCAACGUGGCAUGGACGGUGCUGUACGAUAUGAUCUAUGCGCACAUGGACAUCAAGGACGAUGCCAAGGCGGGCAUCAAGAGCAUUGCGCUGAAGCACGACAAGGAGACGAAGCAGGUUCUCACGGGGCUGGCGCUCGCACAGGUGGCGCUGCUGGCUGGGGCGGGCAUUGCGGCCGGAGCCGGGCCGGCCUUCUUCAUCGGCAGUUGCGGAGGCGCCCUCGCCACGCUGGGCAUCAUGAUCAAGAGGGUCAACCUGAAGAGCGUGAAGGACUGUUGGUGGUGGUUUGUCAACGGGUGCUGGAUCACAGGAGGCGUCAUCAGCCUGGGGCUGGCGGCUGACUACGUCGUACGCUAUGUCGAGCGAGACGAGCGAGACGAGCCAGAUGGCGAGGCGUCAACGUGAUGCAUUGGGCUCGUCUGUUGGGGGGCGUGUAUGUAUGAUAGAUGCCUGUACCAUACUGUGCAAACGCUUCGUAUAGACCCAGCUCCAGGGCUCGAUGCUGAACGACAACCAUCAUCACAUGACGCCUUUCCCAAACAUGAACGGUUU